UGGCUGUGGGGAUGAUCCUGGAUUAUCCUGAUCCAUGCACACUCCAGUCUCCGGCUCUUCCCCCUCUCUCCGCUCUCCCUAUAGGAUCGCACAUGCCUGUGACUGCAGGGAGGGGCGUUCGGUUACCCGGCUAGAGAACUGCGGAGAGACGGAGAGAGCGGGGAGGACGGAGCGCACACCGGAGAGGACGGGCAUUGUGUGAUCCGGAGAGAUCGGUGAUCGGACAAUGAGAGGCUGCAGUGCCGGUGUCCCCGGGAUGUGACAUUCUCUUCUGCUGCAUUAUCCGAUUUCAAAUUGAAGCACUGCAUCACAGAUUAUGCUUGGAAUUAGACAAAGGAUUUCCCUUCUCUCUCUACCUGUGUACAAGGAAUGAAAUGGGAUUAACUCCUCGCUCGUCACAGCCAUAAGCAGCAGGGAUAGGUUAACCUCCUUCCCCAUCUAGAAUACACUGAUCGGUGCUGCUGAUCAGAACAGACGGCAUUACAACCACCCUAUCUGGCCAGCUUUAGCCCCAAUAUUGGCUUGUAAUAUGGCUGAUGAGGUUUCAGACUUUGAGGAUGGAUUAACACACCAUGAACAGUUUUCUUGUACUUGCAAGUUGGUAUCCUGCAUGAUCCAGAGAAGCAUUUGAUAUGAUCUUGCUGGCACCUUAGUACAAUCAGGAUCUUAGUGUGAAGAUGACUUCUGAAGAGAAAGGCAUAUCGCCAGCUCACAAAAUAUCAACUCCAACGCACAAAAGUGCCUCGUCUUCUUCCUCAUCACAGAGGGACAGUAGACAGGAAGGAGAUAGUUGGGAAAUCAUAGAAGGACUAAAGAUAGGACAGACCAGUGUGCAGAAACCAGAAAAACAUGAAGGAUUUAUGCUUAAGAAGAGAAAAUGGCCAUUGAAAGGCUGGCACAAAAGAUUUUUCGUCCUAGAAAAUGGAAUAUUGAAAUAUUCAAAAUCGCCCAUCGAUACUCAGAAAGGAAAAUUGCAUGGAAGUAUUGAUGUUGGCUUGUCUGUCAUGUCCAUAAAGAAGAAGGCACGGAGGAUAGACCUGGACACAGAGGAGAACAUCUACCAUCUUAAGGUAAAAUCUCAGGAUACAUUUGAUGGAUGGACGUCCAAGCUUCGGCAUCACCGACUUUACCGGCAAAAUGAAAUUGUGCGGUCACCAAGAGAUGCCAGCUUUCAUAUGUUUCCAUCAACAUCAACUACUGAGUCCUCACCAGCAGCUAACAUUACAGUGCCAGAGGGAAAGGUUCCACAGAAUAACUUCACGUGGCAGUCUCCCAUCCCAUGCAGCAACAGCCUUCCAGCCACAUAUACCACCGGUCAGAGUAAGGUUGUGGCAUGGCUACAGGACUCGGAGGAGAUGGAUAAAUGUGCCGAGGAUUUGGCCCAGUGUCAGUCCAAUCUGAUUGAGCUUAGCAAAGUGCUUCAUAAUCUGGAAAUGCUGCAAAGGACCCAAUCUGCACCCAAUUUCAUUGACAUGCAGGCUAACUGUGUAGAUAUGUCAAAGAAAGACAAGCGCGCGGCGAGGAGGUGGAGAACAAAAAGUGUCAGCAAAGAUGCAAAAAUACAACUUCAGGUACCUCUCAGCGCUUCUAUGUCUCCGGUCCGUCUGCACGCCUCUAACCCUAACCUCUGUGCCGAUGUGGAGUUCCAGAAUCCUCCAAGUCAUGUAGCCGAUGCCCUGGAAUUUGCAUCUGACUAUACCAAACUGCAGGAAGAGUUCUGCUUAUUAGCACAGAAAGUCCAUUCUCUCCUGAAAUCUGCCUACAACACAAUUGCCAUUGAGAAGGAAAAGAUGAAGCAGAUGGUUUCUGAUCAGGAUUACAGCAGCCACAAUACACAGCUCGCACGCCUCCGACAGUCUCUUUCUCAGGCCCUGAACCAAAAUUCUGAACUGCGAACCCGUCUGACCAGAAUACAUACAGAGUCUGUCAUCUCUGACCAAGUUGUUAGUGUUACCAUUAUAGCAAGUCCGGAUGAGCCUGGAGAGCCAAUGCAUGUCAAUCUGCCUCUGUCCCAACAGGUGUCUAAUGAGGGCAGGAUGUCCAUGUCCGAAUCGGUGUCUGAAUUCUUUGAUGCACAGGAAGUGCUCCUGUCUGCUAGUUCAUCUGAGAAUGAGGUAUCGGAUGACGAGUCCUACAUCAGCGAUGUCAGUGAUAACAUCUCUGAAGACAACACCAGCUUUGCGGAUAAUGUUUCCCGUCAGAUUCUCAAUGGAGAACUGUUAGGUGGUGCUUUUAGAACUGGACGCCGGAUUAGCCUUCCUGCACCUUCACCUGACACCAGCAAUAUCAAUCUUUGGAAUAUUCUAAGGAAUAAUAUUGGCAAAGACCUGUCCAAAGUCUCCAUGCCAGUAGAACUUAAUGAGCCUCUAAAUACCUUACAGCACCUUUGUGAAGAAUUGGAGUAUAGCGAGCUGUUGGAUAAGGCUGCUGAGACAGAUGAUCCUCAUGAACGUAUGGCCCUUAUUGCUGCAUUUGCAGUCUCAGGAUAUGCUGCCACGUAUUACCGAGCUGGGAGCAAGCCUUUCAACCCUGUGCUCGGGGAAACUUAUGAAUGUAUAAGAGAAGACAAAGGAUUUCGAUUUUUUUCUGAACAGGUUAGCCAUCAUCCCCCAGUUUCAGCCUGUCACUGUGAGUCUAAGAAUUUUGUCUUCUGGCAAGACAUCAGAUGGAAAAAUAAAUUUUGGGGAAAGUCCAUGGAAAUAUUGCCUUUUGGAACAGUGAAUGUUGUCCUUCCAAAGUAUGGAGAGUGUUAUGUCUGGAACAAAGUUACGACGUGCAUACACAACAUUCUGAGUGGAAGAAGAUGGAUAGAACAUUAUGGUGAGAUCACCAUACGGAACACAAAGAACAGUGUUUCUAUGUGCAAAAUGACAUUUAUCAAGGGGAACUAUUGGAGCUCCAGUGUAAAUGAAAUCCAUGGAGUGGUUAUGGAUCAAGACGGGAGGGUUGUCCAUCGGCUGUUUGGGAAGUGGCAUGAGGCUCUGUACUGUGGAGAUGCUCCUGCAGCUAAAUGCAUAUGGAGGCCAGGUUCAAUGCCAACUAACUAUGAACUUUAUUACGGCUUUACAAGAUUUGCCAUCGAAUUAAAUGAACUAGAUCCUGUAAUGAAGGAUUUCCUUCCAAAAACUGAUGCAAGGUUCCGGCCUGAUCAAAGAUUACUUGAAGACGGGAAUGUUGAAGCUGCUGCAACAGAAAAGCAGAGAAUAGAAGAACUUCAGAGAAACAAGAGAAAAUACCUGGAGGACAACCAUAUAGAAUAUAUGCCAAACUAUUUCCGGAAGGUGGUUGACACCCAUAAUAAGGAGACAUGGGUUUCCAAUGAUACCUACUGGGAACUGCGCAAGGACCCUGGUUUUAGCAAAGUCGAUUUACCUGUUCUUUGGUAAUGAUAGAACUAUAGAUUUGAUAAAUCAGUCAUCAUAUCAACAGAUCAAUAACUAUGCACAAUUCAGUUUCAUAUCGCUGUAAAAACAUAUAUAUUUUUUUGUGAUGCACAAAACCAUGCCAUUUGCUUUUUAAAUUUUGUUUUAGGUCAUUUGCAAGAAUAAUGAAAAAUUCUGGAGUGAUAUUUAGAUUGAAUGUGUGAAAUAAUGUAUUUGGCUAGUUGCCUUUGCCCUCUAUGAGGUAUAUCUUGUACUUUCAUCAUUUUUGGCUUUUAACGACAAGGUGGCGCACUGAUCAGUGUCGGUGAAGCUACCUCAAGCAGUUACUAUAACAGGUGGCUGAUCAGGAAGAGAAACUUUGCUGCCUUCCUUUACAGCAACACUGUUGCUUGAAAAAGCAAUUUUAACCAAACUCCCUGCAGAAGACGACUCUUAAUACCAGCUGGAGCCCAAACAUCUUUGUCGUAAAAAAGUACAACCUUCAGCGGAUCUUCAGCAUCUGACACUUCACACAGUAGUGCGGAUGUCUGUGUCCCCCACCCCACAAUGUGGUUUUAUCUGCCAGCUCCUACAUCACUACAGGACACAAUAGAAACCUAGGGGUUUGCACAAGCAUCUUGAAGACUGCAGCCAAAGCUCUUGAAGACCAUAACGUUCGCACUUGCUGCCCAAGGAGAGAUAAACAUAUCAGCCCUCUUUGUGGGGAGGUUCUUUUAGAAUGUAUUUUUCAAACAAGUGUUCUUCUCGCUUGUUCCUAUCGGUAACCGUAGUAGGAAUUACUCUUUGUGUCAUUGUGCCCUUCCUCCUGCUGUGAAUGUAGAAGGAAAUGGUGACUGUCUCUGUAAAUAGAGGUACUGGCGAUGGAUAGAUAGAAGGGAAUAGCUUCGUUCCAACAGCAUUCUGGCACCUCCGAUAAACUCUAAUGCCCCGUACACACGAGCGGUUUUCCCGUCGAAAAAAAAAAAGAUGGUUUUGCCAACGGAAUUCCUCUCAAGCCUGCCUUGCAUACACACGGUCACACACAAGUUUGGUGAAAUUUUGGCUGCCAAGAACGCAGUGACGAAAAAGACUACGACGAGCCAAGAAAAUUAAGCUCAAUGCUUCUGAGCAUCCGUCAAAU